UGUCUUUUUCUUAUCUUCGCAAAAUUUUACUACUACAAAGUUUGUUUGUAAAUAGUGCUCACUAUAUGUACUUUUUCAACUGUAAGAUUCCCAUUAUUACUGGGGGAAUUGAAGUUUAAGGGUAAACAUAAAUAAAAUACCGCAGGAAUGACUCCAAAAAAGAAGGAGGGGUCAUCUGCAUCAGGUUCAUCUUCUUCUAGCAGCUCAUCUUCAUCAUCAUCUUCCUCAUCUUCAGGGAGUGAGUCUUCUUCAUCAGAUUCAGAAAAUUCUUCAACCAGUAAUCCCAAGAGUGGCCGAGCAUCCUCAGACUCUGAAAAAAAGAAGAGUAAAAAGAAGACUGACACAUCGAUCAAAACCAAAAAUGAUGUUACUGAAGUUGAACCCAUUAAGAGCAAAGAGAAACCUAAAAGACGAGCUUCUAACUCUGCACAAAAAGUGGUUCAAGUUUACUCUUCAGAAUCAGAUGAUGCUAGUGCAAAAUCAAAACGAAAACCUCCCACAAAACCAAAAGCUUCAGCUACUGUCACUCCGAUCACUAAACCUACAAAACCAGUACCUAAACCACCAAUUAAGAAACCACUUCCAACUCUGAAGCAGCCCCAUAAGGUCCCUCCUAAAGACAAUAAUAAAUCUGUAAAUAAGAAUGAUGCCCAAAAAAAAUUGGUGAAGACAAAAAGUAUUUUUAGUCCAGACAACAGCAGUGAGAGUGAUGAUAACACUGCAACUCCUCCUCCACCCAAAUUGACAGCUAUGAAAACAGCUGCUGCAGCUACAAGUAAGGCAGCAAAACCUAAACCCAAGACAAAGAAAGACUCAACUUCACACACUCCUUCAGACAAAUCAAGAGCUAGUUCUGUCACUUCAAACAAUUCAUCUGCUUCUUCUAAUUCAUCAGGGAGUAGUUCCGACUCGGAAUCAAGUGCAGACUCUGGCCGGACCAACCAGACCAAUGUGACAGCCCAUGUAAAGCCUAAUCCUGUAGCCAAGUUAAAGGGGGUGGGACGGGGGAGACCUCGCAAGAACCCCCUCCCUGCCGCCCCUCCUCCUAUAGUGUCUGACAGUGAUGCCAACAACACGGGGAGUAUUGCCACGCGCAAGCAGACACGGUCGGCGAGUGCCAGGCGGAGUAAACAUUUGACGGGCAGAACUCCCAGUGAGUCGGAGACAGAAUCAGAGAGCAAGACCAGCCUGUCUAAAUCACCAGUGAAGAAGGCGGGACCCAAGGGCCCUGCGUCACAGCGCAAGCCGAAAGCACGUAAUUCGUCAGAGAAUGCCGCUAGUGGUGUAGUCGAGGAGGAGCGUAAAUGUCCACUUGAGCAAUGUGACUCGCUAGGACAUCUCAGUGGCAAACAUCCCAGCCACUUCACACUCGAGGCUUGCCCCAUGUACCACAACAAGACUGCCCAGCAGUGCAAGGAAGCAUACCAGAACCAUCUAAAGCGUGAGGAGGAGCGCAAGAAAGCAGUGAGUGUGCUGAAGAUGAGCCACACCAACAAUCCAACACCCGAACAGAAGACCUACCGGGAGACAGUGAAGGAGUUGCGUGGUGAGAGUCAGAGUGACAAUGAAGACAGUUCCAGCAGUGACCCGACCACAGUGAAGGAGCGAGAGCCCAGUCUAGUACACUGUGCAAGUAAAUACGACCUCAGGCUGUUCCGAGAGGCACAGGCACUCGCGUCCGAGACUAUCGAAGAAGACCUGAAAGGGCUGCCCAACGUUAGAGGCACUAAAGUGAUAGAGAUGGGCAGAUUUGAAAUGGAGGUGUGGUAUCAGAGUCCGUAUCCUGAUGACUACGCUCGGUUGCCUAAGCUGUACCUGUGUGAGUACUGUCUGCGCUACAUGAAGAGCAGAGCCACACUCAACAGACAUGCCAGCAAGUGUGUAUGGCGGCAUCCACCUGGUGAGGAAGUCUAUAGGAAAGACAAAGUUUCUGUAUGGGAAGUGGAUGGGAAAAGGUAUAAGUCAUACUGUCAAAACCUGUGUCUUCUCGCCAAGUUCUUCCUCGAUCACAAAACCUUGUAUUAUGACGUGGAGCCGUUCUUGUUCUAUGUCAUGACAAUCGGAGAUUCGGAUGGGUGUCACACUGUCGGCUAUUUUAGCAAGCAAGGAUGUCUCCGUGAAGAAGAUAUGUCCUCAGAUAACCUGAAGAUCAGUUGUAGUUUAGACAAAAUCUCUUAAGUUUGCUACUGAUUCUGUCUCACUGGAUCUCAUCAGCAUCAUGAUUGAAUGGCAAGAUAACUAACUCAUGGGAGAAAUCUCCAUCUCCAACACACUCCAUCUCCUCAUGAGCUAAUGAACUUCAACAGGGAAAUCAUUGUACAUCCUUACCUGUUUGGUGAGAUGUCCGUGUUAUGAUCAGUAAUGAUAAUUGAAAAAAUGUCUAAUCUAAAGUCAAAUCCAAUGCCACUGCAUCAGGAGCAAAAUGUAUCAGUAUCAAACAUACAAAAAUCUAGUUUGUAUUAUUUUUGUACAGAUAUAUGGAAUAAAAUAUUGUAAAUUGCCCUUUCCAUAAGAUGCCUUCUUUGUACUUGGUUGUUAAUUUAUUUAUUUUCAUUAAUAAAUCUAAAACUAUUUUACAAUGCGCACAAUAAGAUUGUAACUUAUUUGUAUGGUUUAGUUCUGAACAGUAUAAUGACAACAGAAAGUUUCCUUUGAUUUGAUAACUAUAAAACUACAGUUAUUUGUUGAGAAAAAUGUUCAAUAAAUUUCCAUUGAAAACAGUAAAUUAUCUGUUAUCUAGUGAUUUAAAGAACUGCCUGGGGUAAAUCCGUUUAAAAAUCUUGAAAAGCUGUAGAAAACAAAGAAAACCAACAUUGAGUAAACAACACAGGGUCUCUCGUGGGUGGAAACCAUUUGGUGUGAUUGUGGAGGAACAAGCGAGAGGUGAAGCAAUGCAAUAUAGGCUACAGUUGAGCUGUGCAUAUUGUCCCAUCACACCCUUAUUGCGUGACGCGACGCAACACGAUGUCAUAUCCUCGGGAGAGAUAAGUCUUUUGUCUGGUUUGUCAUUUUAGGCCACCUCGGUCAUGUAUUGUUGUAAAAAACGUUCCUGUACAUUACGAAUUGUUCUUUAUUUAAAAUUAUAUUCAUAAAAUCAAAUUAAUAAAUACUCAUACGUGUUGAUAACAAUUCGUGAUGAAGAAUGAUGUCCUUAAUAUGAAAUAUUUUCCAUGCAUAAACUGGAAAUGCGAUAUAAAGUAAAGGAUUUGAAUGAAUAAUCUCAUUCAUAUGUUCUCAUUCAUAAUCUCUGAACUCGUACAUCAUUGCAAAAUUUAAAACAUGUAAAUACUGUCACCAUUAAGAGGCUCUUGUUAUUCGUUACGCAUUAUAAACAUCAAUCAAAACUUUUUAGUGUAACUUUCACUUUAACACACUGAGCUUUGGUUUAAUAAAGCAAUAUCACAACCAUUUGAAUUGAAGGAAUGCGCUCGUUUGCUUGCUAAUUAAUUAAUUUAUCCUUUCACUGUCAGUCGAGUGCGUGCAAUUAAUGCAAUUACAUUUCUCGUGUUUGUUCUGAUGUGGUGAAUCUUUUGAUGUGUGCUACACCAAAGUUGUAACUAUGUAAUCUGAUUUGUGUUUAUAUUAUAUUGUAUUAGAUAAAAACUAACUGAAUAUGGUCAUUUUUUCUGUAUGAGUAGUCCUCUUUAAUUUAUAAACAUGACCAUUGCAACAUGUUGGCAGGAAAACAAUGUUCAUAAUGCACUUUAUAUUGUUCAUAAUAUAAUGUGUACCGAUUUUGUGGGAAAACUGAUUCGUUGCACUAGUUUGUCUGCUUGGCCUUGUCACUAGUGCUGUAUAACUUGACACCUAGUGCAGCUAAUACUGUGUCUCUGGACCUACUGGCUCUCUCCAUUUUAGACAUUUGGUCUUUGAACGUAUGAAAACUAGAUCCAAUAAUGCCAGAUACAUACUUUAGGCAAUGAAAAAUAAAGGUACAUUCUGAUUCACAAAUAAAAUACCUUUAAUUUAAUGUCCCAUGUGCAUGUUUAUAAUACUUCAAUUUGUUCUAAAUAUUAAACUUAUUUUGGCUUAAACUGAGUUUUGUUUUAUUAUGAAACAAUAUAGCUUAUUAAUGAAAUAUAUAUUCUGAUAAAUAAUGAUAAUCCGUUUAAUGUAAUAUCCGUACAAAAGGAUGUUUCAAAAUAAUUAUUUACAUAAAACCUUGGAUGUAUUUUGACUAUUUUGGACAGUGAUGAUUAUGUCCUUUAUUUAAAAUUUACUAUUGAUGAGGGUUGAAUUGAAAGGGGAACAUAUACAUUAGGUAAGUUUGGACAUUUACCGACGUUACCUGUUGCAAAGGAAAGGACCACAUUUCAAGACUUGUAAUGACUCUCUUCUUCAUGUAUAAAAAGACUAAAUAUACAGGAUUCAGGAAGAACAAAUCAAUAUAUGGCGAUGAAAUCGCCAAAGUAAACACAGAACUUAACAGAGAAGGUUGUAUGCCAAAAUGAUUCAAGUGUUCUCCUGAUAUAUGUUUGAAAAUGUAUGCUCAAAAAUAAAGCCUGAAAGUAUCCCCCCUCCUGUCACCCACUAUGGUACAUGCCAAUAUUUUUUUCCAUCAGUCCUUCAACUUGAGGUGUGGCUAACAUGUUACAUGUAGUGGGCUUAUAUUGUGCUGUCCAUGUUUUGUGAUUCUCUACAUAGCUCUGUACCUCAGGUACUUGCUUGAAUUUUUUUGGCACACAACUUUUUCUGUUGUUGAUCUUCUUGAGUUUGGUGGAUUCAUCGUCAUAUAUUGAUUUUUGCUUGCAAACCCUAUGUAUUGUCUUUUUACCUGAAGAAGAGCGUAGAUUCCAAUCCUCCAAAUGCAAUGUUCCAUCCUUUGUAACACAUGAGAAUAAUAUGUUUAGAUAUUUUAGAAAAUUAAACUUGUAUGCUGAAUUAUUAAGAGAAAGAUUUUACUUUUAUAUUCUACAUUGUUUUGAAACGUUUAAGUUUUGUGUUACUUUGUCUUAUUAUUAUUCAUCUCUGGUACACACAAAGUUUUAUCCAUUCAAACUCUUUGUAUGUAUUUGACUUGUGGAAAAAACGCUAUUUUGAUAUUGAACUCGACUACUAUUUGGACAUUUAAUAUUUUCAUAUUUUCCAAAAUGUUUAUUUUUUUGGCCACAAGACAUAAUGUUUUGUUAUUAUAUAACCAACCAAAUUGUUCAGUAGCCUAUCCUAUUGUAGCAAAUAAAUGUAAAGUUUCCAGUAAAUUAAGAGUAUCGCCUUUAUUUUUCCUUUUUUUCUGUGAACCUCACCUUUUUGUAUUCUAUUACCAAUGCUAAGUUAGAGGGAAUUACACCAAAAUUGUCUUUUUCCUUUUUUCAAUUUAUCGCAGAAUAUGUUAAAGAAAUUUUAAACCAGUAU